AGACAAAUGAUAACCUGUGUGAAGUGAGGCACCACCGAGUGAAGAAAAACUUAUUUAGAAAUGGAAGAACUUGGUGAAGAUGAGCUGAAAAAGCUCGAAUAUCUGUCUUUGGUUUCGAAAGUCUGUACAGAGUUGGACAACCAUUUGGGAAUAAGUGACAAAGAUCUAGCCGAGUUUGUCAUCAGUCUAGCAGAGACAAACACCACGUUUGAUGCCUUCAAAUCAGUUCUGCUAAAGAAUGGAGCAGAAUUCACGGACUCACUCGUCAGCAACUUACUCCGGCUCAUACAAACAAUGAGGCCACCAUCCAAAACAUCAAUGUCAAUAAAGAAAGAGCCCAUUGUUAAAGUGAAGUCAGAGAAGGAGAAACUUAAAGAGAUGUUUCCAGCGUUAUGUCGUCCGGACAACCCUACUACCAGAACCAUGCUGGAUGAAGAGGACGUGAAGGUGGCGGAUGAUGCCAUGAAGGAGCUGGAGAUGUUCAUGCCCAGCGUCAGUGGCACCGACUCCAAAAGCAGCAAGAAAAAGUCUGAUGGUGGUACCAGCAGGAGGAGGAGAAGCAGGAGCCGAAGUAAAGAUAGAGACAGGACCAAAGAUCGGGACAGAGAUAGGGACAGGGACAGAGAUCGCUACAGGGACCGGGACCGAGAGCGGGACAGAGACCGUGACAGAGACAGAGACCGUGACAGAGACAGAGACCGCGACAGAGAAAGGGACAGGGACCGAGACCGCCGACCGAGGUACCAUCGCUCUCGCUCCAGGUCUCGCUCACGUGACAGAGGGGACCGGGAGAGGGAUCGUGACAGGGACAGGGACCGGGAGAGGGAUCGUGGUGGCCGGUACGACCGGUCCAGAGGAGGGGCACGAGGUGGAGGAGACGCCAGGUUGCGUGCUUCCAAGUCCCGGUCGCCCAGCCCAUCGCAGAAGGACUCGGACCGCUGGAAGGACAAGCACGUGGACAGGCCACCGCCCGAGGAACCCUCAGUCGGGGACAUCUACAGUGGCAAAGUCACCAGCAUCAUGCAGUUUGGCUGCUUCGUGCAACUGGAAGGGCUGAGGAAACGCUGGGAGGGCCUGGUCCACAUAUCUGAGCUGCGUCGGGAGGGCCGAGUGGCCAACGUGGCCGACGUGGUCAAUAAGGGUCAGAGGGUCAAGGUCAAAGUGUUGUCCUUCACCGGCUCCAAGACCAGCCUCAGCAUGAAGGACGUGGACCAGGACACGGGCGAGGACUUGAACCCCAACAGAAGGCGUAACACGGCGGACGAGGAGCCGGCCAUGAGGAACCCUGAUAGGCCGACCAACCUGAACCUAGGCCACGCCCCCGAGAUGGAGGACGACAGCCUGGAGCGCAAGAGGCUCACCAAGAUCUCAGACCCCGAAAAGUGGGAAAUCAAACAGAUGAUUGCUGCCAACGUAUUGUCCAAAGAGGAGUUUCCUGACUUUGACGAGGAGACCGGCAUCCUUCCUAAGGUGGACGAUGAGGAAGAUGAGGAUCUGGAAAUCGAGCUGGUGGAGGAGGAACCCCCAUUCCUCAGGGGCCACACCAAGCAGAGCAUGGACAUAAGCCCCGUCAAGAUAGUCAAGAAUCCAGACGGUUCUCUGUCCCAGGCUGCCAUGAUGCAGAGUGCGUUAUCCAAGGAGCGCAGGGAGGUCAAGCAGGCCCAGAGAGAGGCCGAGAUGGACUCCAUUCCGAUGGGGCUCAACAAGCACUGGGUGGACCCCCUGCCUGAUGCUGACGGCAGGCAGAUUGCGGCCAACAUGAGGGGCAUUGGCAUGAUGCCCAAUGACAUCCCCGAGUGGAAGAAGCACGCCUUCGGUGGCAACAAGGCCUCCUACGGCAAGAAGACCCAGCUGUCCAUCCUGGAGCAGAGGGAGAGCCUGCCCAUCUACAAGCUGAAGGACCAGCUCAUUCAGGCCGUCCAUGACAACCAGAUCUUGAUUGUGAUUGGUGAGACGGGCUCUGGGAAGACCACUCAGAUCACCCAGUACCUGGCGGAGGCGGGCUACACCACCAGGGGCAAGAUUGGCUGCACCCAGCCCAGGAGAGUGGCUGCCAUGUCCGUGGCCAAGAGAGUGUCGGAGGAGUACGGUUGCUGUAUGGGGCAGGAGGUGGGCUACACCAUCCGUUUCGAGGACUGCACCAGCCCGGAGACGGUCAUCAAGUACAUGACUGACGGUAUGUUGCUGCGAGAGUGUCUGAUCGACCCAGACCUGGGCCAGUACGCGAUCAUCAUGCUGGACGAGGCCCACGAGAGGACCAUCCACACGGACGUUCUGUUUGGACUCCUCAAAAAGACUGUUCAGAAACGCACGGACAUGAAGCUGAUUGUCACCUCUGCUACGCUGGACGCUGUGAAGUUCUCUCAGUAUUUCUACGAGGCUCCCAUCUUUACCAUCCCUGGUCGUACCUACCCUGUGGAGGUUCUGUAUACCAAAGAGCCUGAAACUGACUACCUGGACGCUAGUCUCAUCACGGUUAUGCAGAUCCACCUGACGGAACCUCCAGGUGACAUCCUGGUGUUCCUGACUGGUCAGGAGGAGAUUGACACGGCCUGUGAGAUUCUCUACGAGCGCAUGAAGUCUCUCGGCCCUGAAGUCCCUGAACUCAUCAUCCUCCCAGUCUACUCGGCUCUGCCCAGCGAAAUGCAGACUAGAAUCUUCGACCCAGCGCCCCCUGGCAGCAGAAAGGUCGUCAUUGCCACCAACAUUGCGGAGACCUCCCUGACCAUUGAUGGAAUCUACUAUGUGGUCGACCCUGGCUUUGUCAAACAGAAGGUGUACAAUUCUAAAACUGGUAUCGACCAGCUGGUGGUGACCCCAAUCUCUCAGGCCCAGGCCAAGCAGCGUGCGGGUCGAGCUGGCAGAACCGGGCCGGGGAAAUGCUACCGGCUGUACACAGAGAGAGCCUACAGAGACGAGAUGCUCACCACCAACGUUCCUGAGAUCCAGAGGACCAACUUGGCCAGCACAGUGCUCUCUCUCAAGGCCAUGGGCAUCAAUGACCUGCUGUCAUUUGAUUUCAUGGACGCCCCACCUAUGGAGACCCUCAUUACUGCCAUGGAGCAACUCUACACUUUGGGAGCCCUGGAUGACGAGGGACUACUCACUCGUCUCGGUCGCAGGAUGGCAGAGUUCCCCUUGGAGCCCAUGUUGUGUAAGAUGCUGAUCAUGUCAGUGCACUUGGGCUGCAGUGAGGAGAUGCUGACCAUCGUAUCCAUGCUGUCUGUCCAGAACGUCUUCUACAGGCCAAAGGACAAGCAAGCCCUUGCAGAUCAAAAGAAGGCCAAGUUCCAUCAACCAGAAGGAGAUCAUCUUACCCUGCUGGCUGUCUACAACUCUUGGAAGAACAACAAAUUCUCCAACCCCUGGUGCUAUGAGAACUUCAUCCAGGCUCGAUCCCUGCGCAGAGCCCAGGAUAUCCGCAAACAGAUGUUGGGCAUCAUGGACCGGCAUAAACUGGACGUGGUUUCCUGCGGGAAGGCCACGGUGCGUGUCCAGAAGGCUAUCCUCAGUGGUUUCUUCCGUAACGCGGCCAAGAAGGAUCCUCAAGAGGGCUAUAGGACGCUAAUUGACCAGCAAGUGGUCUACAUCCAUCCCUCCAGCGCCCUGUUCAACCGACAACCAGAGUGGGUGGUGUAUCACGAGCUGGUGUUGACCACUAAGGAAUACAUGCGUGAGGUGACCACCAUUGAUCCACGCUGGCUGGUGGAGUUCGCUCCAGCUUUCUUCAAAGUCUCGGACCCGACGCGUCUCAGCAAGCAGAAGAAGCAGCAGCGACUUGAGCCUCUCUACAACCGAUACGAGGAGCCCAACGCCUGGAGAAUUUCCAGAGCCUUCCGCCGACGAUAGUCUCACAACCCUGCAUGAACUGUGGACUGUAGUCCUGAUUUUUUUUUGUUUUUAAAAGAGCACUCCAGGGGUGCAUUUCUGGAAAGCAUAGUUGCUAACUAUGUUAGCUACUUUGUUGGUUGCAAUGCAGUUUCUCAUAGGCAACUACCGAAGUUGCUAACUGCUAACAACUAUGCUUUCCAGAAAUGCACCCCAGUAGUGUGCCAAACUGUUGAGAGAAUGGAUAUCCUCUUGUAAAUAAAUGUACACUAUUUUAUGGCCACUACAAAUAUUUUUUUUGUCAGUCAGACUAGGAAUGACUGUGAUCUUCCAUUGGAUGAAUAUUGGUUUUAUUGAGAAGGUGAUCGCUUCCCUGCUUUUUUAGAUGAUGUGAUGGAAAGGCCCUAUACCAGUACCAUGUCAAUUCUAAACUGUUUUCAGCAACCUGUGGAAUUAGUGUCAGUGUUACAUUAUGUCCAUUAGGGGUUGCAGCUACCUUUUUACUUUGUAUGGACCAUGUAGCGAUUGGUGUACUAGGCAUACAGGGAUCUCACAUAAACGUCAAGAUUGUUGUAAACUUGCUCAUUUCUGAUUAUUAAAAAUGAUUAUGGCUA